GAAAGUCGGCGCGUCCGAAGCGGGGAGGCCGGCUGCUGGUCUGGGACUACCCCCCACCCCUACCCCGGCUCAGUGUCCCCCCCUACCCCCUGCCCCGGGCUCCCUGGCGGUGGGCGCCCCUUGAGUUGUGUGGAAGCCCCCACCUCCUACAGCACCGGGCGGGGGCUGCUCGUUCUCCCGGGGAGCGGCCGGCGCCGGGAGGGAUGGAGCGCUUUCUAACUUGCCUCUUGCUGGGGAUGAAUAUUUUGCAAAGAGUUGGAGGACAGACGAUUGCAGGAAGCUGCUCCUUUGAUGAUCCGAUCACCGUUUGUGGAUACAGCCAACGGCUUGAAGACAGUGACCUUGACUGGGAUCAACUAAACACAAUUGUGAAACCGUUUCCAGAUCCAUGGAUACCAACAGGCUCCUUUGUGAUGGUGAACACCUCUGGGCGCCAGGCAGGACAAAAAGCACAUCUCUUGCUGUCAAAACUGAAGGAGAAUGACACGCACUGCAUUGAUUUCCAUUACUUCUUAUCUGGCAAGGACGGGGCCAACCCAGGGUUGCUAAAUGUUUACGUGAAGGUCAAUGACGGACCCCUCGGGAACCCCAUCUGGAAUGUGUCUGGAAUACCUACGAGAAGCUGGAAUCGUGCGGAGUUGGCAAUAAGCACCUUCUGGCCAAAUUUCUACCAGGUUGUAUUUGAAGCAGUCACAUCAGGUCAGCCUGGGUAUAUUGCCAUCGAUGAAGUGAAAAUCCAAGGACACCCAUGCACAAAACCUCCCCAUUUCCUUCGCCUGCAGAACGUGGAAGUUAACGCGGGUCAGAACGCCACUUUCAAUUGCAUGGCCAACGGGCAAACUACCUUCACUGACAAACUUUGGCUUCAGCGGCGCAAUGGAAAUGACACGCACAUGAAAGAAACCAAGGUGUUGAACCACCGCCGAUUUAUAGCUACCUUCAUGGUGCCCAACACCAAGCAGAGAGACACAGACCACUAUCGCUGUGUGAUUGAGUCGGAGAGAGGCGCAGGGGUGUCCAAUUAUGCAGAGUUAAUUGUGAAAGAUCCUCCGACUCCAAUUGCCCCACCUCAGCUGAACUCUGUUGGAGCUACCUACCUGUGGGUUCUGCUGAACGCAAACUCCAUCAGCGGCGACGGGCCGAUCAUCCAACGAGACAUAGAUUACCGGAGUACCUCCGGGAGCUGGGCAGACAUACAGCCGGUAGACAGCCACCGGUACAAGAUUGGCCAUCUGGAUCCUGACACAGAGUAUGAAAUCCGAGUCCUGCUCACGCGUCCCGGGGAAGGUGGAAGGGGAGCUCCUGGACCUGCCCUCAAAAUGAAAACAAAGUGCGGAGAUCCCAUGCAUGGGCCAAAGAACGUGGAAGUUAUGGAGAUUAAGGCGAGACAAAUCACAAUCCGCUGGGAGCCUUUCGGUUAUAAUGUGACUCGCUGCCACAACUUCAACCUCACCGUCCACUAUCGCUACGUAGUGGGAGACCAAGAACACGUGGGCGAAGAGGUCUGCCAGGACACCGAUCAUUCUCCGCCACAGUACACCCUGCGGGGCCUUUCACCUUACACCAACGUCAGUGUCAAACUGGUCCUGAUGAACUCGGAGGGGAGGAAAGAAAGUGAGGAGCGUGCGAUUCAGACAGAUGAAGAUGUGCCUGGUACAAUCCCCAAAGAAUCAGUGCAAGGAAGCACCUUUGAGGAGAAGAUAUAUCUACUCUGGAAAGAGCCGAUUGAAACAUUCGGUAUCAUCACACUCUAUGAGGUCUCCUAUAAAGCCAUCAGUUCCUUUGAGCCUGAGAUCGACUUAUCGAAUCAGAGUGGUCGAGAGUUCAAGUUGGGAAAUGAGACCCACCACUUGUUUGUUGGCUUGCACCCAGGAACAACCUAUUCAUUUACCCUGCGGGCCAGCACAGUCAAAGGCUGUGGGCUCCCCAUCACCAAGACCUUCACAACAAAGAUAUCAGCACCAUCCAUGCCGGCAUAUGAUUAUGAUACGCCAUUGAACCAGACCGACAGCACAGUGACUGUUCUACUCAAGCCUGCCCAGAGUAGAGGCGCACCUGUCAGUGCCUAUCAAGUCAUUGUGGAAGAAGAGCGCCCAUAUCGGACGAAGAAAGCCACAGACCUUCUCGACUGCUACUUUGUUCCCAUCGCCUACCAGAACAUCUCUGUUUCAGACUCUCCGUAUUACUUUGCAGCAGAAUUUCCACCUACAGCCCUCAAGGUCGCCCAGCCAUUUGCCAUUGGAGAUAACAAGACGUACGGAGGCUACUGUAAUCCGCCACUUCUCCCCCAUAAGAGUUACAGCAUUUAUUUUCAAGCAGUGAGCAAAGCUAAUGGGGAAACCAAAAUUGACUGCGUCCGGGUGGCGACAAAAGCUGCGAUAAUUGUGACUCAGCUUACAACACCAUACAUUCGCAUCGCCCCUGCUGCAGGCGACAACCAACUAACAGGAAGUGCGACUCGUAAACCGAGCGCAGAAGAGCCAGAGAAGCAGACGGACCACACGGUGAAAAUCGCCGGAGUCAUUGCCGGAAUUCUUCUGUUUGUCAUCAUUUUCCUCGGCAUUGUGUUGAUCAUGAAGAAGAGAAGAAGCUCUCAGUCCUACACUUAUUACCUAAAACUAGCAAAGAAGCGGAAGGAUACACUGAGCAGUACGCGGCAAGAGAUGACGGUGAUGGUAAACUCAAUGGACAAGAGUUUUACUGAGCAAGGGACUAACUGUGACGAGGCAUUUUCCUUCAUGGAUACACACAAUCCAAAUGGAAAAGCCAAUUCCUCACCAUCCUCAUUUACUGUGAAGACUAAUAUAUUGAAGAGUCCAGGAAUACAGAAUUCCUACUAUCCAGCAGAUCCUUUCGUGCCAACAGCAAUAUUAGAUGAGAAUCACACAGUCAACAAUGAGGCCGGCAACUUGACACCGUCCCACCCCUACAAGAAACGAGAGCCCGUGGAUGUGCCGUAUCAGACCGGGCAGCUCCACCCGGCCAUUCGAGUUGCAGACCUGCUGCAACACAUCACACAGAUGAAGUGUGCCGAAGGCUACGGGUUCAAGGAGGAGUAUGAGAGCUUUUACGAAGGACAAUCUGCCCCGUGGGAUUCAGCCAAGAAAGAUGAAAACAGGAUGAAGAACAGAUAUGGGAAUAUCAUUGCUUAUGAUCAUUCCCGGGUCCGACUGCAGGCUUUGGAGGGUGAUUCAAAUUCUGAUUACAUUAAUGCAAACUUCGUGGAGGGCUAUCACAGACCGAACCACUAUAUCGCCACCCAAGGACCAAUGCAGGAAACAGUGUACGAUUUCUGGAGGAUGAUUUGGCAAGAGAACUCUGCUACCAUUGUCAUGGUGACAAACUUGGUGGAAGUUGGAAGGGUGAAGUGCUGCAGGUAUUGGCCCGAUGAUACAGAAAUCUACAGAGAUAUCAAAGUAACUCUCAUUGAGACAGAACUGCUGGCGGAGUAUGUCAUCAGGACAUUUGCAGUAGAGAAGAGAGGUGCUCAUGAGAUACGAGAGAUCAGGCAGCUCCACUUCACUGGCUGGCCUGACCAUGGUGUUCCAUACCAUACCACUGGGCUCCUGGGCUUUGUCCGACGUGUAAAGACAAAGAAUCCAGCAGGUGCUGGGCCUAUCGUGGUGCAUUGCAGCGCUGGGGCAGGAAGGACUGGGUGCUUCAUGGUCAUUGAUAUCAUGUUGGACAUGGCGGAGAGGGAAGGGGUUGUCGAUAUCUACAACUGUGUCAGAGAACUGCGAUCUCGCAGGGUCAACAUGGUCCAAACAGAGGAACAGUACGUAUUCAUCCAUGAGACCAUUCUAGAAGCUUGUCUGUGUGGAGACACAGCAAUUCCAGCCUCUCAGCUCAGAUCUGCAUAUUAUGAGAUGAAUAAAUUGGAGCCACAAACUAAUUCUUCGCAGAUAAAGGAGGAGUAUAGGACUCUUAAUAUGGUGACCCCAACUCUUCGAGUCGAGGACAGUAGUAUAGCCCUGCUGCCCCGGAACCAUGAGAAGAAUCGGUGCAUGGAUGUCCUUCCACCAGACAGGUGUCUUCCAUUCCUGAUCACUAUAGAUGGCGAGAGCAGCAACUACAUCAAUGCUGCUCUAAUGGAUAGUUAUAAGCAGCCUUCAGCCUUCAUUGUUACCCAACAUCCAUUACCAAAUACUGUAAAGGAUUUCUGGAGACUGGUGUUGGACUAUCAUUGUACAUCAAUCGUCAUGCUGAAUGAUGUGGAUCCAGCACAGCUAUGCCCUCAGUACUGGCCAGAAAAUGGCGUGCAUCGGCACGGCCCCCUACAGGUGGAGUUUGUGUCUGCAGACCUCGAGGAGGAUAUCAUCAGCAGAAUAUUCCGAAUUUACAAUGCAUCCAGGCCUCAAGACGGCUACAGGAUGGUGCAGCAGUUCCAGUUUCUGGGAUGGCCCAUGUAUCGGGACAAUCCCGUCUCCAAGCGAUCCUUCCUCAAGCUCAUCAGACAGGUGGAAAAAUGGCAGGAGGAGUAUGAUGGUGGGGAAGGCCGCACAGUUGUGCACUGUCUGAACGGCGGAGGGCGCAGCGGAGCGUUUUGUGCGAUCAGCAUUGUGUGUGAAAUGCUGAGGCAACAGAGGGCAGUGGAUGUGUUCCAUGCUGUGAAGACACUGCGAAACAACAAGCCUAACAUGGUCGACUUGCUGGAUCAGUACAAGUUCUGCUAUGAGGUAGCGAUUGAAUGCUUGAAUUCUGGUUGAUGGAGGUCUGGCAGAUACCACGGCAGCCGACAUGGCCCAUCCCGUCCACUUUGAGAAAGCAACCCCUUGAUUCCUGGUAAAUUGUGAGAGAGCUUCACAUCGUCAGACUUCAGUUCUACAAGCCAAUGCUUCUCCUUAGUUUUUAUUCCACUCGCUGGGUCCCCUGUGGGAGCUCAGAGAGAGAGAGAGAGAGAGACUGUACAAAUCUGCUUGCACUGCCAAACUUUUACUUUAAUCCACCAGCUCUCUAUACUGUAGCUGUUUAAUAUUUAAAAUAAAAUUAAUAUUCAUAUAAAUGUACACACAUUAUUCAAAAUAUUGUUAGUUAGCUGUUGUUACUAAAAGAGCACAAUAAUUUUUAUUUUAAAUGCAAAGUAUUUUACUGACAGUCUAGAGGAGUUGACUAAUGCCCAGAGCAAACGUUAAUCCAUUAAACUCAAGCCUAAAUACUUCACUAAGUCUAUUCCAGCCAUAAUCCUCCUGACAGACUGAGACGAUAUCCUCCAUGACUCUCAAUCUCUGACCAGGAACCCUUUCAUUUUUAUCCCCAUGUAAAAAGCUUAAUUUACACUCAGGUCACUUGUGACCAUUUCAUUCUUUAUAUGAACAAUACCAAUUGAGAAGAGAUUGAGUCUUUAUGGCUUGGUUCUUAUACAAUCACCAUUUCUAGCUGUUUUAUUGUAAUCUUCCUUCAUAAUUUUACGUUUAAUUCUGUUUUCCUUUCACUCUCCAACCACAGAGUUCCGUGAUUAUUCUUUGGUAAGCAGUUCAAAAUCUUUCCUUACAUUAACAUAGAAACAUAAAAAAUAGGUGCAAGAGUAGGCCAUUCGGCCCUUCGAGCCUGCACCGCCAUUCAAUAUGAUCAUGGCUGAUCAUCCAACAGUAUCCCAUACUUGACUUCUCUCCAUACCCCCUGAUCCCUUUAGCCACAAGGGCCACAUCUAACUCCCUCUUAAAUAUAGCCAAUGAACUGGCCUCAACUACCUUCUGUGGCAGAGAAUUUCACAGAUUCACCACUCUCUGUGUAAAGAUUCUGUAUCACUGCGCGUUACGCCAAUUUCACUCAUCGAGUCAGAGAGUCAGAGAGCUGUACAGCAUGGAAACAGGUCCUUCAGCCCAACAUGUCCUUACUGUGUAAGUCCUGCCCUGGUUUUACACACCAAAGUGCAACACCUCACACUUGUCAGAAUUAAAUUCCAUUUGCUGUUCCUUGAUCCACCUUCCCAAUUGAAGUAGAUCUUAAGUAAACUUAGAUAUUUUCCUCACUUUCUACCAUGUCUUUUCAUGCCUUCAGCAAAUUUACAAACAAUGUUACGUUCAUUGAUUCCUUCUAGUUCAAUGCACCCAUUCAAUUAGGCCUUGCCCUAUCUGCAUUUUCUCUCUGGAUACUGUGUAUCCUUACUUAACUUUAUCCAAAAGAAAUGUAAAACAAUUGGAAUUGGCCCAGCAUCGAUAACCUAUUGGGAACGUAAGUUUCAGAUUUCUACCCAUCUUGGAAUUCCAAAAUCGUGGGGUGAUGCAGCAAGUGGGAGGGGAGGGAGUGAGUUAGAUCCAAAUCUAAUGGACAGGCUGGUUAAUCACCAUCUCAAUGAUUAGUACGCAACCAAAGUGUUUCACUGUACCUCGGUGCAUGUGACAAUAAACUAAACUCAAACUAAAAGUUGUCUGUUGCUCUAUGAUGAUAUUUUUACCCAGGCUACAAGUUGCCACAAACAAGGAUGCCUCAUAACAUAAAUCAGUGAGUCCAAGUCGCUUUUGCAGGUGCAUCAUUUGAAAACACAUGAAUGUCUAACCCCUGUGCCAUGUAGCCUGUUGCCCUUGCCAGUGGCGGUGCUGAAUGGGCAGCAAGCAACCUUCCGUCUCACCUUAAGGUGUGAAAUUCUGAUUAGGGUGAUCCUGGAAUUCAUGACAAUAGUUAAUGCCAUUCCUGAGACCGUAAUUCCAUCUCCUAACACCACCCCUCCCCCCUCCCCCAUCCGCCAGACCACUGUUUAUGGCAGAGCCAGACUUUGCAACUUACUGUUUUUCUACCCCUGAGUUCAGCUUCCAAUCCCAAAUUGUGUCAAUCCCAAGUGUGUCUUCAUCCAUCUCUGUUACAUUGCUUGCCUUCACACGUGUCCCCGACAUUCUUUUACCAGCACUGUUCUUACCUCCAGUUUCAUCCUUUCCAAUGCGCUUGUUGCUUUUCUCUUACCUUCCAUCCAAAGCGGCAAAGCUGGUAGAGCUGCUGCCUCACAAUGCCAGAGACGCAGGUUUAAUCCUUACCUUGCGUGCCGUCUGUGUGGAGAUAAUACGUUCUCCCUGUGACUGCGUGUGGUUCCUCCAGGUGCUCCGUUUCCUCCCACAUCCCAAAGACUGGCGGGUAUGUAGAUUAAUUUGCCUCUGUAAAUUGUCCCCUUAUUUGUAAAGAUUGGGAAACAUGAAAGAGUGAUCAGUGGUGGGUGGGCCGAAGGGCCUGUUUCCACGCUGUAUCGCUACAUUAAACUAACUCUGCUGCCCACAUCCUCACUGAACAAAAGCCAUCAUCCAUGAAUAUUCUCGCUCUCCAUUUCCUUUUAUUGGAAAGGUCCUCAGAGCUAAUUAUUCAGCCAAAUCAUUGGCCAUCUGUCCUGUGUGGCUCAGUAUCACUUUUAUUUCAAUUAUUUAUUAGUCAUGAGAAACUUGACAGGGGUCCCAUGCAGCAGGUAUUGUGUUUCAUGGUGUUCAAAAUGUCAGCUUCUGACACCUUAAAAUUGCACUAAUUUGCACUCUUUUUUAUUUGCAAAAUGGACAUAAACAUAGAAUAUAAAACAUAGAAUAGAGUAGCACAGGAACAGGCCCUUUGGCCCAUAAUAUCUGUGCUAAGCUUGACACAAUUCUUAUCUAUCUGCACAUAUUCCAUAUCCCUCCAUUCCCUGCAUAUCCAUAUGCCUAACCAAAAGUCUAAAUGCCACUAGCAUAAAUUCUAGGAGCAGAAUGAGGCCAUUCGAUCCAUCAAGUCUACUCCACCAUUCAAUCUUGGCUGAUCUAUCUUUCCCUCUCAACCCCAUUCUCCUGCCUUCUCCCUAUAACCCCUGACCUGCUUCCACCAUCACUUCCCGACAGUGUAUUCCAAGCACUCACUACCAACGAUGUAAAAACAAAUCUUGCCCCGCACAUCUCCUUUAAACUUUACCCCUCUCAUCUUAAAAAUGUAUUGUGUAUGCUUUAGCAUAAAUAAUCCCAUUUUCACACCCAAGGGUGUUUCAUUUUAGCCAAUAUCAUCAGUGCAUGUGGUAUGGUUCCUCUCUGGUGCGAAAAGCUGAGCAAUCAACAUGUGCUCUGUCACUCAUUGUCAAACCACGAGCAAACACCGCACCAAGUCACCAACGGAGGUAGGACAUUAAUGUCUUUCUCCUUCAUUGCACCUGGCAGACUGAUCACAGAUGUUUUGGCUGAUCAGUUCACAAUGGUAUUUGCAAACAUUCAAACUCUCGGUAGAGCUGCUGCCUCACAGCGCCAGAGACCCAGGUUUGAGCCUGCUGUCUGUGCAGAGUUCACAUGUUCUUUCUGUGACAGCGUGGGUAUCCUCCGGGUUCUCCAGUAUCCUUGCACACUCCAAAGACGUGCAGGGUUGUAGGUUAAUUAGCUUCUAGUUCUAGUAAUUGGUUCCUAGUGUGGAGGAUGCGAAAAUGGGAUAAGAUAGAGCUAGUGUGAGGGUGAUCGAUGGUCGGCAUUAACUUGCUGGGCUGACGGACCUGUUUCCACACUGUAUCUUUCAACUGAACUAAACUAAAUUAAACUAAACUAAUCCAGAAGCUGUGGGGAUGGUGUUAUAAGUUGUAAAGCUAAGUGAUCAUAUUUGAGGAAAGAAUAGAUACAAAUGGACAAACUAAUGUUUCUCAUGUCUACCUUACUUUCAUAUGAAGUGGUCAGCUCUUUGUGCUUUCCUAUAUUUCUUCUCCCUGUUGUGAAGGAAAAGGAAAGACACUGGAACAGUGGUCUUCCACUCCUUUGGAAAUCACUUUGAAACAAAAUUGAGAAAAUGGUUACAGCGAAGAAGAAGAAUUGAAUAAUGCUCUCUUCCCUCUCCUGACACAGGCCUGUUGGCUUAGACCAACUGAGACCGAUUUUUUCAAUGCUUCCCACUGAUAAAGCAUUAAUAGUAUCAGUAUUAUCAGUUAGCUCUGGUGUUAGUCAACUUCUAAUGAGGAAUUUGAUUGUUGUGGCACUGGGCGGUUCAAGGCACAGUAUGCAUUUCAUUUUGGUGGAGAAUACAAUCCCUGGUUACCUUUAUAAUCCUUAUAUUCAACAAAAAAAAAACAUUUAGUGUACGUGGCUAAUAUAGACUUAAUGGACCAUUUGUAUGUGUGAAAGUUUUACUUUCCUUUUGCUGUGAUUGUUCCCCCAUCAGCUUGUCAACUUACGAAUUAUUGCUGAUUGCAGCUAUAACAACAGCAAAAGCCAGAAAUUAAUCAGUCCCUCAAUGAAUGAGCCAAAGCUUUUUGUUACUUCGUUUGUUUAUUUGUAAAUAUUUAUGAAUCAUCGGAUUAUUUAUUCAUGAAGAAAACUCCUUUUGUGAAGCACAUUGAGUGACAAUCAUUUUUUUUCCGGAAACCUCAGUAUUGUCCACAGAAUGAUAUUGUUAACUUUUUGUUUAUCUUGUAUCACAGUAAUUGAUUGUGCAAUAAAGAAUUAUCAGACCAG